AUGUCAAAGGAGCGACACUCUGUACACAAAGAUUUCCAAGUUCUUGUGAGCUCAUGGUACAGACCACCUAACUCUGAUAUUAAUAUUUUUAAUGAUUAUGAGUCUUUUCUUCAAAAUUGUGAAACAAUUGUGAGCUUUAUGUUAUGGGAGAUUUUAAGGUAAUUCCGCAGUUUUGCAUUGCGCACUUUUACUGCGCACAUCUUAUAACUUCAUCCAUUAUACGUACCGUUUUAAAAAAAUCAUUUUAUGACAAUUUUAUGUUACUUCAAAACAUCUUUGGUUACAUUCGUGCAAAGAAUUACGUUAAAAUCAAUGUUUUCAAAAAAGGCAUACAAAAGUGUAGGCUAGGGUUUCUGUGUCUGUAGUAUAUUUUUUUACUUGUAUUUCACGUUUUAAUGCCACAAUUCCCUAAAAAGAUCGGUGACCCCCGUUUUUUAACUGAUAAUUUAUUUCUUUAAUGCAUUUUACAUUUCAUAUCCGAAAUUAAAAGAAAAAUUAUUUCUGGAUCUUAAAAAAAAAUCCUUUAUCAAUGCAUUUUCUCAAAGAGAGAUAUUUUAAAAAUGUGGAAAAGACAUCUGUGGAUUAGAAUUGUACACGUUAGUAGUUUUAUUUUGCUCAAAACACGAUAUUUUUCAAAAAUAAUUACACGAUAGGUUUACUAAAGCAAAAUCCGCGCUAAAAACGUCAAUAAAUAUCGGGCUGUUGUAAUUUUGCCGUUACUCGUAAUGAGCGUCAAGAUGGCGGCAUAUUGGGGUAAAGAUGGUAUGUUGUGAUUGUCAUAUCUUCUUAAGGAGUUCGGUGACCCCGACUUUAUUGUGUGAUUUUACUUUAAGUAUAUCAUAAACUCCAUGCCUGGGAAGUUUCAGCACAUUCUCAUUUCGGGAACAAUUACUGCGGAAUUACCUUAAGGCCAUGUUACACGGUGCAAUUUUUCUUGCAACUUGCAAUGCAAUUGUUGUGGUUGUUUAGAGGUAAAACGAAAAACUAUAUUACGCUCUAUCUAUAUGGUAUUGCAUGAGCACUGUUUGUGUUUCGUAAACCAAAAACUUAAGAUUUCUCUCUAUUUACUCGCUUAUUUGAAUCUUGUUACCGCGUUUUAGUAAUUAGUAAAUAUAUAUAGUGUAUAUAUAGUCUACUUCAGUUGUAAGUAGAUUUAAAUGCUCUGAAGGUGUUGUGAUGUGUGCAACGAAACAUCAGCAAAUAUAUUUUACUCACCAUUGUCAAGAUUUUGUAGCUUGAUGCCCACAAUUCUUCUGUGUUGCAGGAUAAAAGUCAAAGAGAGAAAGAUGCAUUAAAGAAGGCCGCGAGGUUUGUAUUCCACCUUAGUUAGGUCUGGAAACUCGACUAAAGUUGUUGCAUGUUCUAUCUUUUUGUUCAUGGUUAUGUUUAUGCAAUCACGUUGCCAGUCGUUGUGGGUUAUUCUUUACAAACAACCAAAAUUUAAAUCAUCCAUCAUCCUAUAAUAAAUCUCCAGUGAGUCAUGUAGUUUCCUUAUAAACAACCACGAUUUAAAUCAUCCAUCAUGCUAAUCCAGUGGCUUCGAUGGCGUAGUCAUCAGAGUAAGCGUCUUUCACCUCUGAGAUCGUGGGUUUGAUUCUCGCUACGGACUCAUGUGAAAAGAGUCAGUCAACGCUCUGCCGAAUGUCGUGGGUUUUCUCCGGGCGCUCCGGUUUCCUUCCACAGGGAAAGUUGACAGGGUGGGUUAGAACAAAUGCAGUUAAGAAAGUAAUAUCACAAUUGUUGUAAAGAUAACAUAGUCUAGGCUAAGUAAGUAAUUAUAGGUAAACGUAUAUAGGUAAGUAAUUAUAUGUAAAGCGCAUUUGAUCAUAUUCACAUGUAAAUUUUUGCUAUAUAGAAAUGCUAUAAUCGUAUAGUCUCCUAAUCCAUAAGCUUGAUUAUUUAAAUUGUAGUUGUUUAUAUGAGAAAACUGCAUGACCUAUACAAAAACUUUAAUGCUUGGUAGUAAUUUUGUAUUAGGCUAGGGAUAAGACUAGGCAUAGGAUGAGUCGACAAGGGUGAUGAUUAGAGCAAGAGAGUUAUGGUAACAAUUAGGGUUAGUGUUGGAGCAAAGGCCCUUCAUCGUUACAUUAGUGGCGUAUUAUGGAAAAACGCUUUUGUUGGUGGGGUUGCAACUACCUGAAGAAUAUGAGGAGAUUGAAUUUCGACGUUUUGAGCGAAGGCCCUUUGUCUGAGUUACUAGUUGUUGUAUUUGUUGUAGUUUUUUUGUACAUUUGUUUUAAUAUAUUUUGUAAUGUGAUUUACAUUUUUUGUUUAUACUUUGUUUUGACUGAAUCCAUCUAAUUGGUUUAUUUUUGUCACGUGAUGCUUUUGUAUUCUUAGUAUAAAAGUUCAUGUAAUUCUCUCUAUCCCCCACUAGCACAGAGGAAAGAUAUAUAUCUUUAUAUAUAUAUAUAUUCUCUGUGCCGCUAAUAACUCCAGACGAAGGGUUUCGCCCGAAACGUCGAAAUUUUCCUUAUAUAUUUUUCAGGUACUUGCAUCCCUAACAACGAAAGCUUGUUCAUUUGAUUGCCACUACCUACACUGACAAAGACAGUUCAAGAUUAUCGAAAUAAGCCACUACUGAGCUGCUUAUUUUGGAUUUGAAAUAACGCAUCAAAUAUCUCUGUACACUUUUUAGAUUACAAAAAGACCGUGCUGCGGACAUUGAAAAGAACGUUGAUUCUCUAAAACAGAGAUUGGUAACUGUAUAACUAUAAGCUUUUUAAAUCUUCUUCCUUGAGAUUCAGUACUGAGAUAUAAACACUUUUGGUUUGUUGUUACGUCAGGAGAAAACCUUAAUUAAACUAACUUUAUACAUACUGCAUAGACCGCUAUGAGUUCAUUCUUGAUAUACAACUGUGUUUCUAGGAUCAGGAAUUGACGGAGGCUAAACUCAAUGAAGAUGUCUGGAAAGAUAAAGAGAUAAAGUUAAAAAAAGAGAAGACAUCUUAUGAAGCAAGGAUUAACAAACUGAAGAGGUACACAAAGAGAACUUGUUCAUUUCUUUUUCUAUGGAAAUAUUAUUUGUAUUAUUCAAUGAAUAUCGUUAUGCAAAGUCAAAACUCAUAAUGUCAAAACAUGAUAGUUUGCCUGGCAGUAUUUUUUUCUGUUUUAUUUAGUCGUGUCGAGGAGUUGGAGCAGAUAAUUGAACACACUGAAAACACUGCUAAGGUAUUUGACUGUGCAGAAAUCACAGGGGAAAAAUUUUUAUUAAUGAUUCUUGAAUGUAAAAACUGAACUUUUACCGUUUAUCGGUUAUAAUAGGUUUCUCAUAUGGUAAAUUAGUAAAACCCAUGAUGUUUAACCUAUACCAGGAUUGUAUAUUUUCAUACAAACUAUAAGUAGCUGACAUUAAUAUUUUCUUUGUUAAACAGACGAACAAGGAAGCUCUUAACACGAAACUACAAACUCGUAUCCAAGAAAUAAAUUCACUUCGCGCUGAAAACGAGAGAUUAAAAGUAAGUCCAUCAAAUUGGCAUUCUAUUGUCGUGAUCAGAGGUACAUAAUUUAUUGAUUUUUUUAUUAAGAUCGAAGUAGAAGGUUUUGAGGAAAGAUUAAAAGCCGAAGAGGAACGACACUUUGCUAAGGUAUGCAUACGUCUUUUCUGAUCACGUGAAUCUUGUGGAGUAUGCUACAAUUUUGAGAUGGGUUUUCACCACCAAAUAAUCAUUAUGCAGAUUCCAGGUUUGACUUUACUGGGGGAGGGGGUACCUAGCCUUGGCAAAUGGAGGAGCAAAGGGGUACCAAUGUUUUUGUCAAAGCCAUCUUUUAUUUAAAAUAGCAAAACAAAAAUACAAUAGUGUGAAAAUGAGAUAGUCAUCAACCCAACACUCUUAACUCCGUGGUCAGGUAAGUACUUGUACAGCGCGCUAGCCCAUCUACCAUUCGUCUGUUGAGAGAUAAGUAUUUUUAUUUACUAUGAACUAGAUAAACUGUAGUAAUGAGGAGAUAGACCAGUUCAAGGGAAAGAUAGAAGACUAUGAGAAAGCAUUAGACGAGAAUAGAUCAAAGGUUUGUAGUGCUUGGAAAAUAUCCCAGCUGUGUGUUGAGUGUUUGUUAUUGAACCCAUAUAUUAGAUUCGAAAUGGUACAUUAGCUUUACUAUUCAUGAGUAUAAGCAAUAACUUAACUACCUCUUUACUUGAUAGCUCUAUCAGUUAUGUCAAACCUGUUCUCCCUAGAGGUUCAGUAAUGCUCAUCAUUAAUUGCAUGAUCCUGUGAGUUUAGGGGAAUCUAAACUGAACUAACUUUAUUCAUAUAUGUAUGCUUGAUGCUUCUAUCAAUUCUAGACUAUUCUCCUUAGAGAUCCAGUAAGUCUACAGAACCAAGUUUCAUAUAUACUGGAUAGAUAUUUUAGUUCUAAUUAGCUGCUCUCGCUAAAGGCCCAGUAAGGAUCGUCCCUUGCUGGUUAAGUUUCACUAUUGCAAGAGGAAACUAAAAUUUUAAUUAGACAACUGUCUAUACAGCGUUUGCACUCAUUCCCCAGGGACCAACUCAACAAAAGCCAUGGCCGCCAUGUUGGUGUUCCAGACAAAAGAGUCUAAUUAAAAUUCUUUUGAAUUGGAACACCAACAUGGCGGCUGUGACGUCAUGUACAAAUGCACAGUCGUGCAGUUACAACACCCCACGACUCGUUUGAAUUCAAAUUAGUAAGUUAGAAUAAUAUGAUAUGCUUGUUAAUGACCAGACUAGAUGUUUACAAGAGGAAGCACAGACACUCCAGGAUAAGGUCGUACAAUUAGAAAAUGAAUUGAGUCGAAAUAAAAUUGAGGUAAGAUAGAAAACCUCACAUUGAAAUUAUGUCAAUAUUUUCUGAUUGUCAUUUUGGUGGCUGUAGAAUUGAAUGAGAGAGGAUUUUAUUUUUGUAUGCCAUAGGAAAGUCACAGCCAGUCAAGAAUAGCUGAGUUAAUGUGCAGUAUUAAUCAUUAUGAAAAUAUGUUAUCGAAUGCAAAUUUCAAGGUAUAGAUUAGUGUUUGUAGUUAGAUAUAGAUUGCUUAGUGUAGUGUAGUAUCGUUUUAAUCACAGGUUGUGGUUUUACGUUGUAUGCAUUGGUUAUGGUAUGGUAUGGUAUGGUAUGGUACGGUAAGGAAUAGCAUGGUAUGGUAUGGUAUGGUAUGGUAAGGCAUGAUAUGGUAUAGCAUGGUAUGGUAGGGUGUGGUAUAAUAUGGCGUGGUUUGGUAUAAUAUGGUAUGGUAGGGUGUAGUAUUAUGAUAUGAGAUGGUGUGUUCUGUGUUGGUGGAAUAUGAUUUGGGGUGCUAUGGUAUUGUAUGUUGCGGUAUGGUAUGUUAUGCCCAACUUUGUUUCUAGAUAGUCAGUAGUAUAUUAAGAUAGUUUUCAGUGUGGUAUAGUGAAAUAUCGUAUGAAGUGCUAUGGUUUGGUGUAUGACAUGUUAUAUGGUAUAGCAUGGGAGAAUUGUAGUGUAUGUACAGUAUUGGUGCAUGGGAUGUAGCUAGAUUUCACUGAAUGCAAGUACAAUGUUAGUACGAAAUCCAUUGCAUUCCUAGAAUGAACUAGCUUGUGAGGAGAUAGCUCAGUUGAAGGAAACAGUUACUCAAUAUGAAAGUCAGUUAGCAGAAUACAAAGUUAAG